CCUGUACGUUGGCGGGAAAAACCUAGUAGGCUGUUGUACUGCCUGUCAUGAUUGACCGGACGGUAUCGGCAGAUCAGCAAAAUGGAUUACAUCAUGGAAGGUUUAAGGCAUGGGCACACCAGCCUCUCAGAAUGGCAGAGCUGUUCAGAAGUUCCUUGUACAUUGUGCCUUUCUUACCUGCAGCAUGUUAUUAACAAAUCAAGGAACUGCAAGCAAGGCUGUAAGUUGUGUGCAGAGGUCUGUAAAAGAGUCACAAACCACUGGAAAACUUGUACCAGUGGAACGUGUCAUAUUUCUCUCUGUCAGGAGCUAAGGAGCUCAUUCAAUGCUACAGAGUCAGAUGUAAACAGAAAUGAGGAGACCCAAGUUACCAUAGAGGACAUCCGUCCACUUGUUGAGAAAAUACUGUCAGAGGAAACUCAGGAACACAAAAGAAGUAUAGUUUUGCCAGAAUUGUAUGCAGAAAACCAAGGUGUAGUAGAAGACGUAACUCAUUAUCAAACAGAUAAAGACACUAAGAAACUUCUAGCCCGAGGAGGCACAGAAGGCGUAUCAGCAAUCGACAUGAGACUCAACAACUUGUCACUUGGUGAUGUCCAAUCCACACCUGGAAUAAGAAACAUUCAGGAGCGGGACAACAUCCAAACACCCACAAAUCAGUUUGCAAUUGCUGCAUAUCUGGACGAUACCAACCAGAAUGUGACAAGGGAAGGAGAGGAAAGAUUUGCACGACAUGACCUUCCACCUGGGGUCUUGGGACCGCCAACUUAUGCUUACCCUUUGAGCUUUCCCACCCUCUCAGACUUUUCCAGGCCAGGCCUCGGCUAUGUGGCAAAGGGAACCCCUUCAGACAUCAAGGUUUUCUCUCAGUAUUGGGCAAGCUUGGCAGAAGCAGAGAAUCAAGAUCAAGAGGAGGGAGUCUUAUUCCAUGAGGACCUGACACCAAUUAAUGGACGCUAUACAAAGAAUACACAUUGGCGUUUGGGUCACAAGAUAGGGGGUGGUGAACAAGGAUGCUGCUACCUCACAGUCGACCACAUGACUGAGUUUAUUUGUGCUGUGAAACAGGUUUCCCCACCUGGUUACAGAGCAGAGGAGAUUGAGAUUUGGGGAGAGUUGGUCCACCCGAGGAUCAACAGAAUGUACGGCAUCCUGAGGGACAAAGACUUCUACUACUUCAUGGAGUAUAUAUAUGGGGACAACAUUGUUGUGACAGAAAAAGGAGAGGCAAUUGUCUUGAUUGACUUUGGCCUUGCCUGUCAGCUUCCCCACAAUGUGUCAGCUGUCCCAAGGGGUGAACCUGCGACAGGGACUUAUGCUUACCAGAGCCCGGAGGUGCGCUUCAGACUCGGCCAUGACUGCAAGGCGGAUGUCUGGAGCGCCGUGUGUGUCUUGUACAGCAUGUUAGAGGGGGUCACACCCGCAUUCGACUUCAAGCCAUGUGAGGUAUGUCUCUUAGCAGCUUUUCAGAAAAUUUGA